GCGCUGGUCGUCCACCAGCGCGGGCCCGGGCCCGGCCGCGGCCUGCAUGGAGCUGCGGGAACAGAGCUCCGCUCCCCGGGACAAGGCGGCGGGAAAGGCCGCUCGGCUCGACAUGAGCCACGGCUUCGUCCACCACAUCCGCCGCAACCAGAUCGCCAGAGAUGAUUACGAUAAGGAAGUGAGACAGUCAAAGGAAAGGCAGAAGAAGAGGCAGACCCCUGCUCCAGUCCGUCCACGCAAACCAGACCUGCAGGUGUACCAUCCACGCCGGAGGAAUGGAGCAGAGAAUUUCUCUGGGUUUGAGUGCGAGGAGUCAAAUGAAAGCAGCUCUAGCACCGAUGCAGAACCACAGAAUACCACCACCGAGUCAAACACAGAACUGUUCUGUCUAGAUUACCAUGCAGAUGAUAAGAUUGUUACAUCAGUCAUAAUUCAUCAGGGCGAUGACCCCAAGAAUGUGGCAGAAAAAAUUGGGACUAAGAAUAGUUUAGAGCCUUUGAUGAAAGAAGCUCUGAGACUUAGAAUCCAGGAGGAAAUUGAAAAGAGGAUCUCAAAGCGUUGAGUACAACUGCAAUGUCAUUGGGCGAUCGAAGUUUGUUUUGUUUUGUGUUGUCUCCAUUUUUAGAUGGUAAAUGAAGUGUGGUGAGAGUCUAGGGCUCAGGGCCAUGUGAGGGAGCACUUGUAGGGACAAACCGGGUCAAAGCAGGCUGGAAAGGGUGGUGGCCAGAGCUUGUAUUCCUGAAGGAGGCAAUACACAUUGUUCAACUAACUGCCAAAUUCAUGGGAGCUUCAGCUACUCCUGAAUACCAGCUCCACAAUCUAUGGUGCACAAUGACAAAAGAAUACAAACACUUUGAUACGAUUUUAUCUUGGAAAUUAGUGAAUCAAAAGUAUUCUUUUUUUAAUCCAGGUUUUUAAAAAUCCUUAUGAGGAAAAGGGAUGUAGUGGGUAUCAGUCUUUCCAAUCCACAAAGAAAUUGUUAACAGGAAUUCAAAGAGUUAUCCCAUUCUUCACUCUGGUACAGUUUCAGUAAAGCACAACCCAAGGCGAUUAUAGCUACGGUACUUUCUAAGGGAUAAAGAAACUGUUAUUGUGAAUAACAUGAGACUUUACCGAACAAGGAUCAGCUUUAUGCUCAUGUUUACAUCCAGUUACCAGUGUUGGGACAACUCUGUUGGGCAACUCCAUUCUUUUUUUUGCAGAGAGUGUUCUUAAUCAGAUUUGGUGGGAUUUCAAAUUUGAUGCAAUGAGAUAAGAGCGUUCUUAAAUGAGCAACCCUCCCCGACGGGAUUACUGUUAAUCUCACGAGUUACUAGAAGCUAGCUAGCAGCUGGUAAAGACCUGCUGGCUGCCCAUUGUGUUCUGGCAACAUCUUGAAAGAUGAUGGCAGCAAGGGUGGUUUAUAGGCAAGGAGGCAGCAAUGACAAGUGGUCAAGGCUCAAACUUUCUGUUGAGGAGGCACAGAGGAAUUACGGGCAGUGUCUGCCUGCUGCUUGCAUGCAUGCACUCCUGCUGCACGGAGGAAUUACGGGCAGUGUCUGCCUGCUGCUUGCAUGCAUGCACUCCUGCAGCACGGAGAUGCCCUUUACAUUCGACAUGGAAAUGAAUUCAGGAUUCCAAGAGCAACAACAUGGAGUUAGAGCAAAUAACUAACUGCUGGAGGAACUCAGCGGGCCAGGCAGCAUCAUGGAGGGAAAUGGAGGAAGCGACCGAUCUGAAACAUCACCUUCAACAGAUACUGCCUGGUCCACAGAGUUCCUCCAGCAGCUUGCUUUUUGCUCAGGUUCCCAGCGUCUGCUGCCUCUUGUGUCUCCAACAUGACUAUUAUAUUAGCGACCCUCACAUGCAAGUAGAAGAAAUGUUUUUAUAAAUUCACAUUAUAUAAAUGUUGGCAAAGAUGAGAAAAGCCCAACAAUGAAAGUGCCAAUUCCUGCAGAAAUGUGUAGUUUCCCCUUCCCCAGGUGGUCUCGAGGUAUUAAGCACGUGCCGUGGUUCUGAGCCACACAGGGCAAGUCCAAGUCAACGCCGGAGCUGUGAUUAACCUCCUGCUGGUCGCUAUUGUUGCCUCCUCUGCCUGCAAGUGUUAACCCUCACUACUCCAGCUGAGGAUGGCUAUCUGAGCACAGAGCUGGUUGAUCUUGCUCGGUACAGUGUUAUAAUGGGCCAUGUACUUCACCCAACAGGCCACUCAGUUUGUUUGCAGAAGACACACAGAUAUCAUCCACCCUCCUGUCUGGUCUCUGUCAAAGUAAAGCACGUGGUUUCAAACUGCUUUGAAACUACUUUUGGGCAGAAUGGAUGACAGAAUGAACACAAAUAAAAUUGUAUUGACACUGCAUUGAUGCUAUUAGCCGUGUUACUACUGUUUGAUCACCCUUUCCCACAGUACAACAUUUCUAAAGUGCUUCAAUGGUUGUGAACUGCUUUGAAGUGUGUGAGGUGGUGAAACUAAGUACUAUCGCCUGCCCUGGUUGAGAUUUCAAAGCAAAGCUUGUUCAGUGUUUUAAUGUUUUUAUUAUUUAGUUAAGAUUGAUUUUGUUACCAAACCGACAUAAAAACUAUUCUGUAUCA